UCCCAAACAAAAUAUUUUCCACUUUUGUUUUAGUUACUGUUGUCAGCAUAACAGCGUUGUUAACACUUUAAAAAUGGGUACCGAUACAAUGGGACAUGUAAGAGAUAAUUAUGAAAAAAGAAAAAGCAAAGUUAGUUCUUGCAAUGAUUUCGCGUUCAAGCCAAUCGCUUUUACAAGAAAAUUAGAUGUUGGAUCCCCGCCUAAAGCUGGAGCCUUUACUCACAAGCCACUUAAAUGUGAUACUCAGUUCAGAAUAUUUUAUGACCGUGGAGAUUUCCCUGUGGCGUUAGAACAUGAUAGCAAGGGAAACAAAAUUGUUUGGAAAGUUGAUAUUGAGAAGUUGGAUUAUCACCAUUACCUCCCACUCUUUUUCGAAGGUCUAGCAGAAACUGAACAUCCAUAUGAAUUCUUUGCCCGGCAAGGUGUACAUGACCUACUUGAGCACGGUGGAAACAAAAUACUGCCCGUCAUACCUCAGCUUAUAAUUCCUAUAAAGUCAGCACUUAACUUGCGUCAGCAUAAAGUUUGCUGUACAGUUCUCAAAGCUAUUCAACAUUUAGUUGUUUCUGGUGAAAUGAUCGGGGAAGCCCUUGUACCUUAUUACAGACAGUUGUUACCAGUCAUGAAUACCUUUAUAAAUAAAAAUAAAAAUUUGGGAGAUGGAAUCGACUACAGCCAGCAGAAGCGAGAGAACUUGGGUGAUUUAGUUCAUGAAACUUUACAGAUACUCGAGAUGCAUGGUGGAGAAAACGCUUUUAUUAAUAUCAAAUACAUGGUACCAACCUACGAAUCAUGCGUAUUCCAGUGAUUUGAAGUGUUGUCAAAAUGUUGUGUUUAUUACUAUACAGAUCAUAUUUUGUAGACUGUAGUUUUGUAAUGACUUUUAUACUUCGAUUUAAUCACCUUCCGUCAGGUGCUGACCAAAUUUUUGGUAGUAAAUAUAAAUAAUCUGUAGCGGUUAUCCUGGUAUAUGUAAAUUUUUGUCCCUUCUACUCAUGAACUACCCCU